GCCGGGCGACGUAGAGCGAAUAAAGGCCGUAGUCUAUUUCUGACUGAGGCUUAUUUUUAACGCCUGCCUUCAGCCCUCUUUGUCUCCACGGCUGCUUGAUGGUGGUUGUCUUUUUUAUUUUGCCUGUUGCUCGUGUAUUUCCGGCUAACGUCGCGUCGUCGCCGUGUUUUUUUUUUUUUUGCGCCGUAAUGACAGGUGAUCUCAGGAUGACGCCUUUCUCUGUGAUCGCUCGAUGCAAGAGGUACAUAGAGGAGGUUUCAGCCUUUGUUUUCAUGUUGUUUAUUUAACAGACAUCACCCGGAUUACCCCCGGACUGAGGAUGAGAACCGGUCUCCCUUCUGAAAGUCGUCAUUAUUAAUGGACAGCAAUUAAUCCUCAGGGGGGGAUGCUAAUUGGUUAAAGGGUUUAAAGCCACGCACUGACUCGCUGCUGAAUUUUGUGAUGCCCUAUUUUCGCUUGUAGCACGCGGCUCGUUGUGCAGGUUCAGUAGUUUACCGGCAGAUUGCGAAGAGGUGGAGGUGGAGGUGGUGGAGGAGGAGGUCUGUGUGGCUGCAGAUAAAAAUGGUGUUUCGGAGUGAGGAGAUGUGCUUGGCGCAAUUGUUUCUGCAGUCCGGCUCAGAAUAUGACUGCAUCAGUGAGCUGGGGGAGUUGGGGCUGGUCGAGUUUAGAGAUGUGAGUAUGCAAAGGUGCACAAACACACACAUAUGUACAGAUUUUUUUAGAUUAGUAUACAAAUAAGUUUAAAGACUGUGCUUAUUUUUAUGUUUUACUGAAUGCAUGUAUCUACCUAUUCAACAUUGUUUUUUUUUUUUUUUUUCAAUGCAUUUGCUCUCAAAAUGAUGCAGUGACCUGCAGCCACCUGACCUGUGAUGCUCCUCUAAUUUCAGCUCAACCCAAGUGUCAGCUCAUUCCAGCGGCGCUUUGUCAGCGAAAUCAAGAGAUGUGAGGAGAUGGAGAGGAUUCUGGGUAAGAGAAAGCACCUGGGAUGGGCCAUUGGGAGGGUGCAGCAUGAGUAGAGCAUACACCUGGAGUCUUUAAGGCACUGCUAGUAAUACCUUAGCUGAAAGUGUGCUGUAAAGUAGACCCUUGGAGAGUAGAGAUUUCAUAGUUUGAGCAGUAAUUACCAUAGAACUAACAUCAGCAGUUUUCUGUGUGCAGGCUAUCUUCUCAGGGAGAUUCAAAAAGCUAAAAUAGCUGUUCCUGAAGAAGAUGAGAGUCCACUUGCACCUCCUCCGAGACAAGUCCUCGAGAUCAUGGUGAGUGUCAUUUUGAUUGGAUAUCAAUACCAUAAAGGUUGCAUUAUAAGGUUGUACAUUUAGGCUUGCAUGCUUGUUAAUUAACUGAUUUUAUUCUAUUGUGUUGACCACAUGAAGCAAAGCAAAAGCUGUCUUUUCAUAUCCCUCUGUGCUGUUGUAAAUACCUAAACAAAUGAAGACCACAUAUCUUUAAAACAACCAAAUAGUAAUAUCCUAGACUGGGGAUGUGCAUGAGUAAAAUCAAAUCCCUGCACAUGCUGUUGUUGCCUGGUGACAUCUCAAUUCGAAUAUUUUUUCACCUGACUGUGUAAAUGUGGAAGUAGUUGUUAAUUUUCAAAUUCGGCAAAUUGAAACAUUUUUAUGCAGUAAUAUAUAUAUAUGUUAAUUGUGGUACAAUACAGUACAACACAUCACAAUUCCAUUAAAAAUAACAGAGUAUGAUAUGGUACAAUAUGAUUGGAUAUGAUACAUACAAACAAAAACGAAACAAUAUGGUACAGUGCAGUACAAUAUAAUAUGUAGUCCGAUACGAUACAGCAAAAAAUAACAUGUAACCCAAUUUUACAAAAAACAAAAUUAUAUGAUAUAAUACUAUAAAACAUGAUAAAAUAGGACAUGAUACAAAAAAAGGAUGGAUAGGAAACGAUCUAAUACAGUUCAGUACGAAAUAAUCCAACAGGACAUAGUAAAAUAAGAUAGGGGAGAGUGGGUUAAGUUGAGCCGCCCCCUGUUGCUUCAAUUGUGGUAUCUAUGAGCUACAACAUGAGGUCAAAAACCAUACACGGGGUAAGUUGACCAUAGGAGACCACUUAUUUUUGGCAUGCUAUAAUAUCAAGACAGUUGUGUUUACACUCAUUCUGUUGGUUUGCAGGGAUGUACAACAUCUUGAAAUAUAUGCAGAUUCACUAGUUAGAGACAAAACUAUGAUUGCUUUGAUGUAGUGAUCCAAAAUAUGAAUAAUGGCUCCUCUUACCCCACUCUCCCCUACAAUUCAAUAUGAAAAGGUAUGAUAUGAGUAACUGUGCCUUUAACAAAAUUUGUGUGGAGUUCACAUGUAGUUGCUAAAUGCAUUAUACUACGCCGAAAAAAAGACAGAUAAUAAGUAAUCAUCAGAUCUUCAUCAUAUAUUUAGUUAUGUGUACCCCAAACCAUUCUCUUAAGAGUGUUAACAUUUGAUUUUUCAAUCAUUUUCAGUGCUGGCUAAAGAAUAACUGACCGAGUUGCCUCACUACAUUCAUUUUCUGUGUGUUGAUGUCCAGGAGCAGCUCCAGAGGCUGGAGAUGGAGCUCAGCGAAGUGGCUCGUAACAAAGAGAAGCUGCAGAGGAACCUCUUAGAGCUGAUAGAGUACACACACAUGCUGAAGAUCACACGAACUUUCAUACACAGCCGCUCCAGAGUGAGUGUGUGAUUUUAUUAGGUCUUCAUUUAUCACACACUGACACAAACACGCCACAUGACAUGUAUUGGUUUUUCUUCCCAGUCCCACUCUGCUUUGCAUCUCAGGCAAAACACUUCUCUCUCCGCCUUGCCUGCAGCGUCUUGUUUUCCUGUCACCGUCAUGUUUUGUUUCCCAGGGUGAUGGAUGUGGAACUAGUGCUGAUGUUAAUUAGUGGCAUGGCUAUAGUGCAGCUGUUACAAGCAGCACCUGACUCAUCCACACUGCCAUAUUGAAAACGAAUACAGCGAAGAGUAACAGAGAAUAUGUGAGACAGAUGUUUGUGAGAAUGAACAUCACUUUCUAGUGUGUGAACGUCACAUUAGCUAUAUGUUGAGCCAUGCAGCUAGCAGUUAAUUCAAGCUGUCAUUAAGUGAAACUUGCUCCUUCUUAUAAUUAGCAUGAGGCUCUUGGUCCCCAGUAUGAAGAAUUCCCCACCAUGGAGACGGACUCAGUGACAGGAUGCACCGGCAUGCAAAGGCUUGGAGCAAAGCUGGGGUGAGCUCUAAUAUGUGUUGCUUACAUCGUAACUGCAGGGUUGUAAUUAUAUAAUGAAGAUUUGUACGCUAAAGGUUACCUGAUCUCCUCUGGAUGCAGGUUUGUUUCAGGUCUGAUCCAGCGGGUGAAGGUGGAGGCGUUCGAGCGCAUGUUGUGGAGAGUUUGUAAAGGUUACACCAUCCUCAGCUAUGCAGAGCUGGAUGAGAACCUCGCUGAUCUAGAAACUGUGAGUCAAACUGGAUCAAAUUACCUCACAAAAGACCUGAAUAAAUACAAGUUACUAUGUUUUUUAUGUUCUCCCCCUAAAGCUCAUAUUUGCAGUGCAGCCAUUUUCAUUUUACACCACAUACAAGAUGGGAAGUUCCAAAUGUUUUUGUCACAUUUGAAAGCCAUGCUUCAGGUUGGCUGGAGGCACUUUCAUUUCAUCACUUCUUGAUUGAUCAGCUCCUGAAAAGACAUAGAUUGUGAAAUACUCAGAGAAAUCAGGUCAUAGUUUAAAUUAAAAUGACUUAUUUGAUAAUCUGUGCUUUAAUAUUGAGACAGUUCUUUGCUAACAUAAACUUGUCUGGUUAUUUAACCUUCCUGUUGUAUUGACCUGAAUGUUGUAUAAUCUUAGUAACUAAGCAAACUAGACCAUUAACACCAAGACUGACAGUUUUUUUGGUGCCUCAAAUUGGUGUGAGGGGGAAGGGUUCAGCCAAGCCUCUGAAGAAACACCCCUGUUUUUUACAUUUCCACAUAAAAUAUUCACUUUUUUUUAAACCAUCAAAAGUCAGAAAGAAGAGAUUAAUUGUCUGAAAACACUACUUAAGCAUGAGCAGGACAAGAUAAGAAAAGAUUGUCCACGGGACGCGAUAUUUUUUUUUGUAAAAAAAAAAAAACUGUUUUGUUUUUGUCUGCAGCUGGUGUUUCUGUUUGGCUGUGAAUAUUCCUAAGCCACUGCCAAAGACACAUCUCUGUGCAACCAUUUAAACGUAAUGAUUUUAAGAAUGGCCAAAAAUAGUUAAAGUUUUUGCUUUCUCAGCCAAUGAGAAAUGAUUCAGUAUCCUCAGACUAGCCUUAAACUAGUUGACAAAGUUUAAAGAGAACCUUAGAUCUAUUUCAAACAAUAUUUUUACUUUUAAAUUUGAGUAAGAAGGGUCUAUUUUCCUUUGAAACAGAAUUAGAAUAAGUACAUCAAUUAUUUGUAAUCAAAGGCUUUAACCAAAGCUGUAAUUUUUCAUUUUUUUCAUUUUUGAAAAGGAAAAUAAUUGCAAUAUGUGUAAAACUGUUCAGUAAUAACAGUUCCUGCGUGUUGUUGCUGUUUCAGGGGGAGUUAAGCAAAAGUGUCGUGUUUCUCAUCUCUUUCUGGGGUGACCAGAUCGGACAGAAGGUCCAGAAAAUAUGUGACUGGUAAGAAACAGCACCAUCGCAUGACUUUACCUUUGAGUGCACCUUUGUAUGGUUGUUAUUCAUUGGUGGCCCAACCUGUCUUUGUUGCCCUCAGUUACCACUGCCAUCUUUAUCCACACCCUGAGAAUGAUGAGGAGCGUGCAGAUGUGUUGGACAGCCUGAGGACACGCAUCCAAGACCUAAACAAUGUAGGGAUCAUAAACCCUCUUGACAUAAAAGAUCAACAUUUACACAGAUACUUAUUGAGUAUGUGGUUUCUGUUGUGCUCCAUCAGGUGCUGCACCGCACUGAGGACUACCUGAGGCAGGUCCUGCAGAAAGCCUCCGAGUCAGCCUACACCUGGGUUGUCCAGGUGAAGAAGAUGAAAGCGAUCUAUCACAUCCUGAACCUCUGCAGCUUUGACGUCACCAACAAGUGUCUGAUCGCUGAGGUGUGGUGUCCUGUUAGUGACCUGGCUAACCUGCGGGGGGCGCUAGAAGAGGGCUCGGUAAGUGUGCAGGACUAUAAAGGGGUUUUUAUUUUGUGAUCAUGAGGAUUUAACUCCAUCACACUACUUUUGUGAGAAUUUACUGAAAAUUUCUGCACAUCCGCUGUCAAACUUUGCAAAUAAAAACUAAAUCUAAAAUAAUCAAAUUAAAGAAAACAAUGCAGAUAGAUCUAAAAUAUGCAGUCUGCUCAGUCUUGAGUAUUUUCUGACACCAGCAGCUGUGUUUGGAAAUCAAGUGAUUAAGCAGCGCAUGAACAGCAUCUGUCAUUUUUCACAAAUAUAAACAGAAAUUUCGCUUAAUUACUAGUAUUCAACUUGAAUAGUCAAAGCAGCCUCUUUAAAUGCUGGCUGUUACAUUUAUCAGUCAAUCAAAUAGGAUUUUUAUGUGGAAGGCAGGAAAUUACUGUUUUUUGUGUCAUUGCAAGUAUUACUGCUUCAUCAUUUCUGGGCUGUUUGCUCUUAUUAGCCUUCAUUAAUGCUCGACCUUCAUUUGUUUGGCGCUGAUGAGUGUUUUAAUGAUGUGGCCUAAACCGCUCCACUUUUCAUCUUUUUCUUUUUUACAGCUGGCCACAUCGUGAGCUGUUUGCUCUCACUGAACAAUACAUACCAGCAAGUCUCUCUGCUUUAGGCUGUUUAUUUGAUAUUUUCCUGAUAACGUUUCUCACACUGAGACACCAGGAAAAACACCUGUUAGUCAGAGUAUCACUCAUAUGUGUGAGAAGGCAGAGUAAAAGCCUUCCUUUACUGUUGACAUUUUACCACAUAUUAUUAUUUAUUAAUGACAUGUUCAAAAGUAUUUUUUUCCUUUCUUGUAAACAGAGAAAAGGUGAUGCCACUGUGCCGUCCUUUGUGAACCGCAUCCCAAGCACUGACACUCCUCCAACCCUCUUAAGAACCAACAAGUUCACGUCAGGCUUUCAGAGCAUCGUGGAGGCGUACGGAGUGGGGGACUAUCGCGAGGUAAGCCCAGGUAAGAACUCAUACGGUGUCCAGCAAAGACAUUUUCAAGUUUCUCUUUGUUAAUUGCAGCUUUGGGAAGUUCAAAGCGAGUGCAUUGAAUGUAUUUCUUCUAUCUGCAGCUCCCUACACCAUCAUCACAUUCCCUUUUCUGUUUGCUGUGAUGUUCGGUGACCUCGGUCACGGGAUGGUAAUGAGUCUCUUUGCCUUGUGGAUGGUGCUGACGGAAAAAAAGCAGAAGAAAAAACGCUCCAGUAAUGAGGUGGGAAUGAGUUGCCGGGCUCAUCCAUAAAGUGGUUGGUGUUAAUUUAAAUUAGUUUCGGCUAAUAAAUCUGUCUCUGUUGGACUCAGAUAUGGGCGACGUUCUUCAGCGGACGUUACAUCAUCCUGAUGAUGGGGCUUUUCUCUAUAUACACUGGGCUGAUUUACAAUGACUGUUUUUCCAAGUCUUUUAAUAUAUUCGGGUCUGGUUGGAGUGUCAAGGCUAUGUUUGCAAAUCAACAAUGGACGUGAGUUAUUUUAUGAAAAAUAUACAUAUUCUUUUAUUCCUUGUUAGUGUAACUGGCGGUUUUUUAAUGGGUUUUCAUUUUCUAACAUGGCAGAAACAAGACGCUCCAAACUAAUGCACUACUCACAUUAGACCCGAAUGUCAGCGGCGUUUUCAGUGGACCCUAUCCAUUUGGCAUUGAUCCAGUAAGUAAAAAGACUCCAACAUAAAUAUCUGAAAUCUAAUUUGACUGACUCUGGUUUCAUUUUGACUGAGAUGCUUUUUGACUUUUUAAUUAGAUCUGGAAUCUGGCAGUGAACCGGCUCUCUUUCCUCAACUCAUAUAAGAUGAAGAUGUCGGUUAUCAUCGGGGUCAUCCACAUGAGCUUUGGAGUGGUGCUGAGUGUCUUUAACCACUUGUGAGUGACUCGAGAUACAAGUUCGUGACAGUGACCUGAUACCCAUUUUGUUUCAUGGACAUCAGUCCGUAACAUCAACACAUGCAGAUAAAUCUGUUUUGUAGGGUACAUUAUAAAUAGAUAAAUAGCAGUAUUGGGUGCAUGGCAAUGGGUGUGUGUGUAAUUUUAAUAGAGCACUACUAUUUUCUGAUAACUCAAUCCUUUAAUGUCUGUUGUGUAUAUAUUUCAAUCAUAACAAUCAUAUAAAGAACUGGGUAACCAUCCUCAAGGGUUUACGUUGGGGGAAAUAACAUCUAAUGAAUUAGGCUGACUUUAUUUCCAAUUCCAUGCCAGGAUCAAGUGCUAGUUUGGCCAAAAACCCAACAGUGUGUUAUUUUCAUCACUGUAAAUGUUGUCUGGCACCUUCUGUAGCUUAUUUUGAACAGUACACACUCUGCACUCUGGCUAUAAAUACUUACCAGAGGACCGGUCUUGGCUGAAAAUAGUCCCAGACAAAACACAUUUACUCCUUUCAACACAUUGUUGAUUCUUUCUUUUAUUUGAAUUAGCUGAAAAACAUAAAAAUGUGAAAGAUUUUGACAGCAUUAUUCUCUAAGCAGCUUGAAUAUGAGAUUUUAUUUAACGUUUCAACAAAAGUUCUUUAGACACUACAUGUAGUCAGUCUAAACUAGUUUGUGAUGCUCUUUGCUAAAUCGUAUUUAGUGCCAAGAAGAGCCCGUUGAUUUACGGCUCUCUGAAAUAAUGGGCUUAUUUGACCUUUUCCAAAGCAAAUAUUCAACAGUUUCGGAUAUUUACUUCCACAGGUGCUUGAACUAAACUGCAGGUGGCGCCAAAUCAGACACGAGCUGAAAGUUCCUAACAGGAUCUUUAAAUCAGUGGUUCUCAAGUCCAGUCCUCGAGGCCCUCUGUCCUGCAUGUUCUGGAUGUUUCCCUGCUCCAACACACCUGAUUCAAAUGAUCAGCUCGUUAUCAAGCUCUGUAAUGGUUUAAUAACGAGCUGAUCAUUUGAAUCAGGUGUGUUGGAGCAGGGAAACAUCCAGAACAUGCAGGACAGUGGGCCUCGAGGACUGGACUUGAGAACCACUGCUUUAAAUAGGUGCCAGAUUACAUUGAUGAUAGUAUUUUGUGUGUGAAAACAAUCAGGGGUGUCACUAAUAAAACUACACACAUAAUGUAUCUUUGUUUAUCGCUGAAAACUGUAUCACAUCAAAGAUUUCCUUUUGACUGCUGAGGCUUGUUCACAAAAAUUAUUUAGUGGUCCCUAACUUCAGUUUUUCUUUCCCACUCUUUUUACUCUUCCACAGGCACUUUCGGCAGAAAUUUAACGUGUAUCUUCUAUUCCUCCCUGAACUGCUCUUCCUGCUCUGUCUCUUUGGUUACCUGGUUCUCAUGAUUUUGUACAAGUGGUUGGCAUUCGGUACACGAGACUCCAGCCAGGCUCCCAGCAUCCUUAUACACUUCAUCAACAUGUUUGUCAUGCAGGGGAAGGAUAUCACUCCUCUGUACCCAGGGCAGGUACGUCUUCAUGAUUUCAUCAGCAACAGUAUCAGCUCGUGAUGUAUGCUGAUCCUUGCUCAUUUGUGUUUUUGUCUUGAUCUUACAGACCGGGCUGCAGAUUUUCCUGGUGUUGAUAGCUAUGCUGUCAGUUCCUGUUAUGCUGUUAGGAAAACCUCUUUAUUUGUACUGGCUGUACCGUGGAGGCAAAGGCCUGCGCAGACGUAGAGUAUGUGCUCUCGGAUAAAGUGCUGCAACUAAAAUACAUUCAUUAAUAUGUCAAUACUUGUGGAAAUCAAUUCUGCUGUCUCACCUCAGGGUUAUGAGCGGGUGAGGCGUGUAAGUGAGGAUGACAAUUCAACACCAGCUUCCUACGAAGAGGAUGAAGAGGAAGGUCUAGAUGAAGUGCCAAGCAGAGAAGCUCUUCCCAAACAGGUCAGGAUUCUUUUGUUAUGUGUUAAAUGUUGAAAAUAAUAUGCAGUUAACAGCUUUGAUUUUGGAUCUGUGUGUGUGUCUGUGCGAUCCUGCGUAAACAUCAAUGUCUGCCAUUGAAAAGGUAUCUCGUUUGCAUUGUUACAUUGCCUUUUUGGCGCUAUCCUAUCACAUAACAUGAUUUGUGUUUUGUUAAUGCAGACAGGGUUGCUUUUUUGUGUUCGUAUUUCUCAACCCGUCAGAAAAUCCUGCCAAAAGAUCGCUGUUAAAAAUAAAUCAGCUGAGUAACGCUGGCAUAUUUCCAGAAAUACUCCGUGAUCUGUGCUGCCCUGAUAAAUAUAGAAGGGGAAAUCUGUAAAAGAGAGUGUCACAUCACAGGAAGGAACCGGCUGUGUUGCGAAUUCAUUAUCAUUUAAUUACAAACAUUGUCUUAUCAUUUAAGAACACAGAAGUACUAUAUUCGUUAAUGCGUUAAUUAAACAUCUUAUUCAACGUGUUGUGCAGUUCGACUUUGCGGAUGUGCUUCUGCACCAGGCCAUACACACCAUCGAGUACUGCCUGGGCUGCAUCUCCAACACUGCAUCGUACCUGCGUCUCUGGGCGCUCAGCUUGGCUCAUGCUCGUAAGUACAGAUGAAAAAAAAACAAAGAGGAACCGAGCAUCCUGUGCUGUGUGAGGUUAAACUGACUUUCAUUUUGCGUUUCCUUUACACAUGAAUUAACGUCUGUUUGUCUCAUGAUGCUGUAAAUCUUUCCAGAGCUGUCAGAGGUGUUGUGGUCCAUGGUGAUGCGUUUGGGUCUGAGGAUCACCACAAGGGUGGGGGUUGUGUUUCUGGUCCCUGUGUUCGGCCUCUUUGCCAUGCUCACUGUGUCCAUCCUACUAGUCAUGGAGGGGCUGUCAGCGUUUCUUCAUGCUCUCCGACUUCACUGGUCAGUCUUAUCAUACCAGCUAAUGUAUUUUUGUAAAACUAUCACUCAGCGUAGAAAUACGACUUAAAUAUUAGAUAUUACACUGUGCUUCUUUUGGCUGUUACUCCUGUUUUCAUUUCUAAAGUAUUGAACAAAAGCUUUUGUAAUCAAUCUUCACUGUAACAUUAUGAGAUUUGAGAAAUUGCGCUUUCUUUUGUUCUCAUUCAUCCACGCUCAUCCUGGUUUUAUUUGCUCUGAUGUUUGAUUUCAGGGUGGAGUUUCAGAACAAAUUCUACCACGGGACCGGCGUUAAGUUUGUGCCCUUUGACUUCUCCCUGCUGCCCUCCAUUUUCGAACAGGACGGCUUGCUUUAGAAACAAGGACUCUGAGGUUGUGCGCAUGAUUGCAAGCAGACUUUUUAAGGAGGAAGGGAUGCUGUAAGUUGGGAGAAUUCACACUGUGAUAAUGACGACAAACCUUCAAGACAACAUAUUGAAACUCACUCUUGUAGCAACAUUUUUUCACCGUGACAAUUUUUAAAAUGUGAUCGGCUGUGCUGACUGCCUUACUACUGUACCCAGCAAACCUCUGAAUAUAGAGAGGCUCAAAAUUCUUCUUCUGUUCACUUCUUGAUUUUGUAGGUGAGAUAUCACUCGGCACUAUUUCAAUCACCAGUUGGGUGAAUAAAAACAUUUUAUUUGCAUUGUGCUGUGUAAACUGGUUUUAUAUUCUUUACAACAUGAUAUCAAAAAUGAGAAAUUACAAAGUGCAAUGCAAAGUUGAAAUAAAUCACACAAUAUCAUUUGGAGACCAUGUCAAGCACCCUGAUAUAGUGCCAUAGAGAUUUCUUUCUGUCGGUGAUUAUUUGGGGUUACCUUUGGGCUUUUUAAACAGCGCCUCCAUAGGACAAAAGCAAACCUGCUGGCUCCAACUCAUGAAAAAAAGAAAACAAUGUUACCGCCCCUUUUGUGAGAAGUAUUGUCACAAAGCACUUUGCAGAAAUGAUUGUAUAAUAAAAAGUUUCACUCCUGACUGGGACGAUGCCAAAUGAAAAUAAUCUUCAAGUGUUAGCCGUUUGCUUAUUUACUUAGUGCAUUUAUUUAAAUGUAACCUCCCCUGUAAUAAAUGGUAAAAUAUCAAAAACUCAAGAAAAAGUCAAGAAGCCUUAGGACUUUCUUUGGUGAUACUGCUUGUCGCGUUUGUUAAUGAUAAUUAAUCAUGUUAUUUAUUUAAAUAUUUGUCUGUACAAGAGUCUAAUAUUUUACCAUUUUGAUGUGUUGAAUAAAGAUUUCAAGAAAUGCAAGCACAAGGACAUUUGUGUUUGUUCCCAUAAUCAUUUAUUCGAAGAAAAUUUCAAUUACUGCUGUCUUUUUAACCCGUGUCCAUUUUGACAUAGUAUCAUCACACUGAGUCUGCUUUUGGAGUAAUUUAGUUUGCAGAGACUGGUGUAAAAAAGAUCUGUUUUUUUUAUGAUGAUUUCUAGGACAACCAUAACAUUUGUGACUCUAAAAGUUCUAAAAUCCAAAAAUGGCUUUUUGUUCAAAUAGAUCAUCCUGAAACCUCAUUUUUGUGUGAAAUGGGAGUCGUCCGGACGGAGAAGUGGAGCAAGAGUAGGAGGGGGUAAUGACACACACUCAUUUGGAGAAGAAGUUUCUAUUUUUAUGGCUGGAUUGUAUUCAACUCGGGUCGAGCCUCUUUUAUAACAGCGUUAAGUGGCAAUGUGGUUUACAGAAUCAAGGAGAAGCAAAAAGAAUGAAACCUUACCAUCAUUUAAAACUGUAAGCAAAUAGGAGCUGACAGGUACUGUAAACAUUUUUGCAAAUUAUGCAACCUAUGAACCUUAAAUUAUGCAACCUGUGAGGGUGCAGUCCUUCAGCAGGAGGCCAGUUCUCAGUCCCAACCUGACCACUCUCCUGGUGCCCUGCUGUAUCCGCUGUCCUUUCCUCUCCUUUAUUUUCCUACAGUUGAAAGAUGAAACUGAGGAGGUUAUUUUUGGAGGCAAGGAGGAGAGAUUAAAAAUCAAUGUGAAGCUUUAGCCGUACAGUUGAAAACUGCUGACCAACCAAGAAGAUGAUUACAAAGUCGGCCUGCUAUGACCCAAAAAAUAAAUCAAGGACUUGUGUCUUAGACUGGUCCAUUUAGCAGCAAUGUCUUUGUAAGUCAAUGUUAAAGUAAGAACAAAAAUCAGCACAGUUGGAAGUGGAUCUUAUCACUCAAGUACUAAAGUACAAAGGUAAGAUGCAUUCAUUCUUCUUUAUUUAUUUAUUCACUCAUUCAUUCAUUUUUUGCUAUAAAUGUCUAGAAAAAAAAACUUGCAG